AUGCGAGGUGCGUCGCCCCUCGCCGCGCGCACCGCACCCACUCUACCCGCCCAUCACCGCCCCGCUCCCCCCAACCACGCGUGCGUGCUUCGCCAGGACUCGACGCUACGAGCCGAAGCGCGAAAAGCGAAGCGCGUGGAGAUCGCUGGCCGUGGGCCCGCCAUGAGUCGGUCGCGCGCGGCGGCAGUGGCGUUGGCCAAGUGGGCAGUGGCGGCAAGAGCGUCCGUGAAAGGCGGGUUGGCAAACCUUGUCACCAAAACCCCCCCUUCCCGCACCAAGCGUGGGAUGACGGCGCUGGGUGCUGCCAUCGCAUGCCCAUGCACCAAACCCGACCUCGCACCUUCCUCCACCCUCCUUUCCCUCCCUCCUCCCCCUUCCUCUCCCCCCACUCUCUCUUUCCUUUCCCCCUUCUCUCCCGCUCCCUUCACCCCUUUUACUCCUCUUUUCACCCUCCUGUCCCCCUUCUGUCCCCCUCCUGUCCCGCUCCUAUCCACCUCCCUCCCGUCCCUCUCGUCUCCCUUUGCUUCCCUCUCCUUUCCCUUUCUUUUGCCCUCAUUUCGGCCGCCCCUUCCUAACGCCCUCCUCUUUCCUUCUUUCGCAUCCUAUCACUCUCCUUUCCUCUCCACUUCCCCCCUUUUCUCCCUCCGUUCCCCCUUCUUUCCCCCUCCCCUCCUUGCCCCCUCCUUCAUCUUCUAUUUCCUCCAUUUCCCCUCCUUUCCCAUUCCUGUCACCCUCCUAUCCACCUCCCGUCCCCCUAUUUUCUUCUCAUUUCCCCCUCCACGCCCCCUGCUUUCCUUCUCCUGUUCCCCUCCUGUCCCCCUCCGUCCAACCACCUUCCCCUCAGUUCCCCAUCUUCCUCCAAACCCCCUCCUAUUCGCCUGCCUCUCCCCUGCUUUCACUUCUCACUACUUCUUUUCCUCCAUUCCCUCUCCCCUCCCCGUCCCAUUCCCCCGUCCUCUCCCCUCAUUCCCCUUCCCCCCUCGUUUUACGCUCCUUCCGCCUCAUAUACCCUGCCCACUUCAAUCCUUUUCCUAUUCCACUGCCCUUCUCCUCCGUUCACGCUCACUUUCUUCCUUCCCCCUUCCCCCCUUUCCCACUCCUUUCCCCAUCCUGUACCCCCUCCUUUCCCACUCCUUUCCCCAUCCUUUCCCCAUCCUUUCCCCCUCCUUCCGCCCUCCUUUCCCCCCCCUUUCCCCCUGCUGUGCCCCGUCUGUCGCCCUCCUCCACCCGUGCUGCCCCCCGCCUGCCGCACGCCUUCUCCCGGGUGCGUGCUUGGGGCAGGCAGAGGGGGCUGCGGGCGCCAGGGAGCAGCGCCAUGCAGGGGAGGCCAUGGGCGGCCAUGCACGCAGGCGUGGGCUCAACGGGGCUCUCCACUCGCCCUGCCUCCACACGCGCUGCUCAUCCGCCCCUCCUCCCCGCCUGCUGCCCUCUCCUCCCCCCCUUUUGCUCCUCGCCACACCCCUCCCCGCGCUGCGCCAUCCACUCGCCCACCUCACCCUCCACCUCAACGGCUUGCCUGACCCACUUGGGGCUGGGAGUUGCUGCUGCAGCAGGGGGGACAGCAGCAGCAGGAGCACUGCAUCCCCUCUCACCAUGCGCUGCAUCACCCACCAUGCCACCACCAUCAACACCACAUGGGAAACACCAACUCUCAACCUGUCACAGCCCUUGCAGCAGCGCAUUCACACCACAGCACCACACCACACCACCUUUCCCUCACCCCCUAACUUCCAACCGCCACCCACCAACCACCCACCCACACUCCCACAAACGCCCUGCUGUGAAGCAGCGCGCAAAAAAGGGCCGUGCCACCGUCGCUCCCCCAUCCACGCCACACCCAUCCGUCCUCCCCAUCGCUCCGCGUUCGCUGCUCUCCCUGUUGCUAGCAGUCAGGGCCGCCAUGGGCGCUUUGGGGUGGCAGUGAGCGCGGCCUUGGCCUUGGGCGUUCUGCGAGGCGGCUUGACGGCAGCUUCGCCUUGCACUCGCCGCACCGCCGUGGGCGCUGCGGCACAUCGAGGCCUCGGGAUCAGCGUGGGUCCCUCCACGCGCCGAAUCGCUGCUCCCGUGUUGCUCGGCUUCGGGAUGCGCGACGGGGGGAGCGACAUCGCUGAUUGCGUUGCUGCUGCCGCCUUGCUGCGACCAGCUGACGGGCGUGACAACGCCACCACCAAUGCCACCGACGCUGAUUCCGUCGCGGUUGAUUCCGUCGCGGUUGAUUCCGCCGCAGCCGAUUCCGCCGCGGCUGAUUCCGCCGCAGCUGAUUCCGCCGCGGCUGAUUCCGCCGCGGCUGAUUGCGGCGCAGCCGAUUCCGCGGCGGUUGAUUGCGGCGCAGCCGAUUCCGCCGCGGCUGAUUGCGGGUCUGCACAUUCCGGCGCGGCGGAGUCCAGCGCAGCAGUUUCCGGCGCAUCCGAAGCGGCGCAGUCGCACGCUGCAGGGUCCGACGCACCAGUUUCCGAGGAUGCGCAUUCCGACGCGCCUGACUCCCACGCUGCGCAUUCCCACGCACCAGUUUCUGACGCCGUGGCGUCGUGCUUGCAUCCCGCGGCGGCGUCAGUGCGAUGA